UGUUAUUGCAGUGAAGAUAGUGAAGAAGAUUGGAAUAUCAUGGAAUCAUUGUUUGUACGCAGAUAAUUCAGGCUCAAUCCAAUUGAUCAGACUUCCUGCCUUGGUGGUCCCGAUUUCCGCUUAACCACUCCCAGUGCCAUGGAUUUCGACGACCUUGAUGACGCGAUUGACCAGAGAAUCGCGGAGGGCGACACCGAUACCUUGGCCAAUCUCAGUGGCGUCAUGAUGCAGAAGAAGAGCUUGAAGGCGCUUACUGGCUCCAUGGUGCCUAUGCCCCGAAGCAAGGGCCUGCCGUUGCUUGACUGCCUCAACAACCCUCAACACGGCAUCAAGAUGACAAGAUGAGAGUCUUUGUUUUCUAUGGCCCGGGUGACACGGCGGAGGACAUGAAGCCCGUCUGCCAGGCAGAAAGCUUUGCCGGGGUCUUUUCCCUUCGCCCAUCCAAUGGUAUACGGUAUAGAAUACUUUGAUUCAGAUAUGAUUCAGAUAUAUUUAUUUUUGCUUUAAGCCGCCUUACGGCUGUUUCUUCCUGUGAUUUGUUUACCUCACAAAGGGCAAGGAAGGCAGUUCUAAGGUGAACAGGAAGCCCAGAGUGGUUGGUUUAGCCGUACUCUGCAAUAAGUUCAUGCCGAGGGAGACUCUAUUGGAAACCUGCAUGUGGCAUCAUGUGGCAUGCGGAUGUAGAAAGGCCUGCUCCGGGAAAGGCUAGAGUAGAAGGAGGAUUAAAACGAAAAACGUUCCGGCUAACCUUCUCUCUCUCAGGCCUUUUUUUGAAGCUGAGAGCAGAGAUGAGCAGAGAUGAGCAGAGUUUAUUAUGCCCUCGAUCAAGGUCUGCUGGUUCUGCCAUCCAAGGUCCGCCAACGCCGGCCUGGAUGCUACUGAAGCAGUUCGAUGCCAUGUACAACCUGGGCCUGGAGGAUCCAUAUAAGUUCUAUGCAGUCCAGAUCGGAAACGACCCACACGACGUUGGCAUCAAGCAGAGCAGCCGCUGAAGGGCAUCGGCGACGUCACCUUCCUUUGUUUGGCCUAUGGCUUGCUGGAGGACCGGAUGGACACCCUGGCACGUUGCACAGCAAAGACCUUGCACCUGACAAGUGGCGAGAAGCUGGAGGACAUGGACCACAUUUGCAAAGCCUUGGGGCUCAUUGGGGACCCUCGUGUGCACAAGCUGCAUGCCAUGACCCACAAGGUUGGCCAUAUGGUCAAUGGCGAUUUCAGACGGAUCUUGAGUGCAGAUGCCACCGGCAUGGACGCCAGGCGCUUUGUCACCUUCUCGGCAGGCCCUGUCGCCUGUGGCGUUGUCAAGCAGUGAUACUACUUGCACAAUCAUCCUUGGCUCUUCAAGGAAGCCUGUGCCAACGGCAUGAUGAAGCUCAUGCCAGUUCACAGAAAGAGCGACACUCAGCUAGACCAGCCAGUUUACAUGACCAACGUACAGUAUGAGAUGUGGUCCGGUGGCGUCUUCAGCAGCUACUUAUACUUCCCCACCAUGAGCAUGUGCUGGGGUGAUGAAAACGCAUACAAGUACUCCUUAAUCCACACCAUGCACCCAGUGAAGUUCUUUGAAUAUUGCAAGGCAGACUGGGAGCGCUACGAGAAGAUGUUCAGGGCCAAUUGCAAGGGCUGCGCAGAGAAGCCAGAGGUGCCAUAUCCUUAUACCAUGGACAUGGUCGAGUCCUGGUUCAAGGAGUACAACGAGUCCCUGAACGUGCACACAGUGCUGGAAGGUCCAGAUGACGGCUUCAAAAAGAGCACCAUUGAAAUCUACAAGAAGAGCAGUGAGCGAAUUCAGCAAGACCUCAUUCCACCUUUGGUGAAGGAGGUGGGAUUGUUGAAGGGCAUCAAACCGGAUGAGGACCCUGUGAUGAGCAUUUGGGUCAACAAGAUCUACGAGAUUAAGAAGACCUUGACCCCUUCAGGUCCGAUUUGGUUUUGUGAUGGCUACAGCUUCAAGAUGGAGUGUGUGGGGACCGCCUCUGCCGCGGUACUGACUGAUGGGAGCUCUUGGAGCAAGAUCGUGCCCUUCCUGAUGUCUAAGAAACCUUCUUGAUGUCUUAGACAGUCUAAGCAUCGCUGGGCUGAUGCAGAUGUUGGCCCUCGUUGGAGAAACCACAUGGGUUAAGGAUGAGGAGAAUGAUGUUUGGU